GCCUCCCGGAGCAGUGCGGUAGAUUGAAACCGCCAAAUGCUGAAGUUGUUCAUGUGUGUUUGUUCUAAGGACCUGGAGAUUACAUUAGGACUGGAUGUGCAAUUUUUAAAUUUGUCGAUAAACACGUUUAAUCAGGGACUGUUUUGGGAGUAGCACUUGUGAACUUAAGUGAUCUUAAGAAAGAAAGCGGAGUGGAAUUGCGCUGGACAGCGGGGAGUGGAUCAGAGAAGCAGCUUAGCCUGUGUGUUUAAAGGGGGGCAGCCAUGGCUAGCCUUCCUUUACAGCAGCCAAGCUUUCUUUUGGCCAAUCUUAAAGCAGAUUACAUAAAUAAACCUUUUAUCCAGCGUUGUCAAGAACUGGCAAAACUAAUUGAUGAUUACCCAGCUAAGGAACUUCACCUCAUUUUUCCUUGGCUUGUGGAAAGUGUGCUGGGCAGUUUGGAUGGUACAGUUGUUGGUUGGAAUUUGCGCUUCCUACAUUCAAGAAUGAAUGAGUACAAUACAGCAAUGGAAUUUUUAAGUCCAAGCGGCCCAAUGAUGAAACUGAUUUACAAACUGCAUGCUGAAGACUAUAAAUAUGAGUUUCCAAUCUCCUACCUCCCUGGGCCAGUGAAAGCCUGCUUCCAAGAGGGUGUCUUACCAGAUUGUCCACUGUUCCACGUCAAGUCCCAGUUCCCUGUUUCAGGCCUUCUUAGUCUCUCACUAAAUCCAUUUCAGUAUUACAUGAUUAAUUUUGCUGCAUGUCUCAUUGCACAAAGAAAUUACCCUAUGGCCCAGUAUGUACCCUACUCUGAAAAUGCUUAUUUUGUAUUGGUUGAUGUUUACCUGAAGUUCUUCUUGCCCUUGGAGGGGAAUGUCCCACCAUCUCUUAUUACAGAUGUCAGAGGAACUGUUUCACCACCAGCCCCAAGGUCGCCUACUGUGUCAUUUACUGGCUAUGGUGUCCACCACACUAGUCUCCUUAAAAGACACAUUUCUCACCAACCUUCUGUUAAUGCUGAUCCUGCCGCACAAGAAAUCUGGAGGUCUGAAACUCUUCUACAGGUAUUUGUGGAAAUGUGGCUUCACCAUUAUUCCUUGGAAAUGUACCAGAAAAUGCAGUCACCCCAGGUGAAGCUGGAGGUGCUCCAGUACCGACUUGGUAUUUCCAGUAUGCACUGCAGCACUACUGCCCAGCCUGGCUAUGGGACCAUCCUCACAUAUCAAGAACCGUUUAGACCUACAGAAGAGCAUAUGUUGCUUGUCCGGCUCUUGGUGAAACAUCUCCAUGCCUUUUCAAACAGUUUAAGGCCUGAACUUAUCUCAUCAUCUCCUUCUGCACAUUCACACGCCAGCCCCCUGGAAGAAUUUAAAAGGGUCGUCAUACCAAGAUUUGUUCAACAGAAGCUGUAUGUGUUUCUCCAGCACUGCUUUGGACAUUGGCCUCUUGAUGCAUCUUUUAGAGUUGUUUUAGAAACUUGGCUUAGUUACGUGCAGCCAUGGAGAUACACUCCAGAGAAAUUGCUUCCACAAGUGGACCCUCAGGACCGGACAGUUCCAGAGAAAUGGGCUGUUUUUGUCCAGGAAAAUUUGUUAAUGUACGCACGGCUAUUUCAAGGUUUCUUAAACCGAGCUCUCCGUACAGAUCUUGUAAAUCCAAAAAAUGCUCAGAUGGUCUUUAGAGUGGCCAAGGUGUUUUCCCAAACUAAUCUACCUGAAAUGAUUCAAAAAGCUGAGCUGCUGUUUUUGGAGCAGGAGCAUGUACCUCAUCACCGCCAACACCGACUCCUCAUGUCGCCCACUCUUGGAGGCAGCUUUCUAUCUAAUCGACAGUCUGCCAUCACAGAUUCUGUCUUCAAGGUGAAGAGCCACGUGUACAGCUUGGAAGGACAGGACAGCCAAUACAAAGAAAUGUUUGGAAUAGAAGUGCGCACCUCUGUGCUUCGACUUGCCCACCUAAUAGUCCAAGCAAAGCAAACAGCUAAGUCUAUAUCGGAUUACUCUGCUGAGGCAAAUGCAAACCAGUCCUUCUUUUCUUGGCUUGGGUUUGGUUCUCCUGAUUUAAACACAUCAUAUACUGGAAAUGACAUGGAUGACAUUGGCCUGGACAGCAUAAAGAAGACAGAUGAAUACCUUGACAAAACUCUCUCUUAUCUCUGCCAGAUAUUUAGGCUAAAUGCUGCACAGCUAACACAACUGACCACAAGUUCUGCCCUGAAGCCAGACGAAAUGAGAACAAAGCAGCUACCUGACUGUGUGCAAGGAGAGAAUGGUUUAGAGCUAACAGACUUGGGCCGACUGCAGAUGAUCAAUGGACUGCGUAAAUUUGACAUUACCUAUCAAGGUGAUCCUGAAUUGCAGCCAAUAAGAAGUUACGAAAAUGCAUUUCUGGUGCGCUUCCUAUUUCAGGUGUCCUCUCUAAUCAAUAACCGCUUUGCCAGAGAGAUGAAUUCCAUAUGUGCUAGACGGAGCUUUGCUGGCCGCCUUGCUCGACACUACUUAACCAAUACUUGUGUCUCUGCUACAAACCGAAGUCCUGGGACGGUACCAAGUGACCAUCGACCUCGCAUUAGCCUGCGAUUUCUUGGAAGUUACCGCAACUUACUUUCUUUAUUUUUGCUUUUUGUUGUGGCUUCCUUUUUCUCCAUCAGUCCACCAACAUGUCUGCUGGGGAUACUAGCCCUUUUUCUUUUUCAUGGUAUCAUCAAGGUUUUGUUUUCUGAUAAUCAGACAAGUUAUCGGUAAGAUGGUAUGUGUUUCUUAUUGUCAGACUCUAAACCUUUUGUAGUUUUCUACAUUUUGUAAGGCUUGCACCUGAUUUAAAAUUUUGUUGCAUUUUUAAAGUAAACAGGCAUCAUUAAUCGAGAUACAGAGCUACUUCCAUGCAUCCAAUGUUCACAUAUUUUCAUUUUUGUAAAUAUAUUGAUACCAAAUACUCCGAAUUUUGUUUUAAACAAGGUCCUCCUUCUGUCUAAAGAUGCAAUUUUCAAAUCAUAGUUAAGUUGAAUUAAAAAGGCUUGUUUUUAAAAUCCAAGCUGGUUCCAUGUUGUUCAGACAGUUUGUGAAAUAAAUCCUUAAAAUAUUAAUGUGGGUACUAUGGGCUAAGAUAGAAAUUGGCUCAGCGAACAGUAGAAAGCCUCACUUUGUAUAAAUACUCAAAACUUUUUUUUUUUUUUUUUUUUUAAUUAGUUUCUAAAGAGAUGAUUUCAUCAAUUUUGUAAAUAAAUGUUUUAUACAAGGAACUUUUUGUGUCUGUGAUAUUGCAUAGUAGUAAACCUUUUUAAGUCUUUUAGAAAUCGAAUAAUCAGACGGUCAUCUGGUGUAGCCUUUCUUCAGGUUUCUGCUUUGGAGCAACUAAACCGAGAAUUCAAUUCUUUUUGGAGUUUUCCUUU